AUGCCGAUGGCUGAUCUACGGUUUGCUAAAGCGCAAACAUUCCAUUGCACUGGAAAUGGAUUAUCCAAUCAAAAUAAUUAUAACAAUGGAAUCUUAGGGUCACAAAAAGAUUAUGAGGAUCCUGAAUAUUAUUAUUCGAGGCCACCUGAUCUUUUCCAGAAACAAACGCCGCCACCACCACCACCAAUGAAUUUGUUGCAGAAAAUAAUUCCAACGCAUCUUGUCAUAGAGCAUAAACAGAGAAGUGGUAGUAAUUCAAAGGUGAUGUCGUUGGGAUGCUUGCUGGCUACAGUAACCAUACUAUUUAUUCUAUCGCUGGCCUAUUUUUUAGCCUGGGAUUCAAAAAAAGAUGUUAAUUUCAAAAAUAUACCACAGUCUAUAAUCCCUAAGGUUCAGGAUAAUCAUCCCACUGAAAAUGUGCCCAAUAGUUCCGAUACAAAUGUAAUGAAAUCGAAGGUGGAAGACGAAAUUGUGGCAACCUUCCUCCUCACGUUGCUAAUCACAAGGCGGAAAAUAUGCUUAUUUGAAGCGGGUACUGAUCGAAGUGAAGAAUCGAAAAGAGAAUAUCGCGAGGAACAUAUUGAAUCGGCACGUCUCUUACAGUUUGCAAAUUUGAGUGUAAACGGUGCACCCAUUCAUCCCCUUCAAUUUCAACGAUACACUCGAAGUUUAGGCGUAGAUUCAGAUUGCUAUAUAAUUAUUUAUGAUCGUGGAGAAGUUGUCUGGGCUACGCACGCUUUCUGGAUCUUUACGCUCUUUGGACAUCAGAAAGUUUCAUUGUAUUCCGGUGGCAUUAACGAGUGGAAAAAGCUGAAGAAAAAUUCAGCACAAUAUAGAACGGAGAGUGGUGAUGGAACAUACCCACAACGCAAUGGUCAUUUUCGAGCUGAAUGGAAUACCGCAGUAAUUUGUACAUUUGAUGACGUUCUCACAAAUACAGAAUUGAGGACGCAUGACUUGGUGGAUGGCCAGGAUCAUGAACAGUAUGAAGGCAUUUCGUCGGAUGCAAUACAUGGUCAUAUUCGAUCAGCAAUUAAUAUCCCAGCAAAAGAUAUUUAUGAUUGGAAUGAUCAGAAAUGGUACGAUAAAUUGGAUCUGAAAGCUCAGCUUCAUUCGAAAAAACUAAACGAGAAUCGAUCAGUGAUCGUGUACUCGUCAUCAGCCAUUCGUUCUAGCUUGACCUGGUUUGCAUUGAGGAAGUGUGGCUACAGUUCAAGUAUUUAUUUUGGCUCCUGGCCAGAAUGGCUUAUACGGGCACCCGAAUUCCUCAAACAGUAUGAAGGCAUUUCGUCGGAUGCAAUACAUGGUCAUAUUCGAUCAGCAAUUAAUAUCCCAGCAAAAGAUAUUUAUGAUUGGAAUGAUCAGAAAUGGUACGAUAAAUUGGAUCUGAAAGCUCAGCUUCAUUCGAAAAAACUAAACGAGAAUCGAUCAGUGAUCGUGUACUCGUCAUCAGCCAUUCGUUCUAGCUUGACCUGGUUUGCAUUGAGGAAGUGUGGCUACAGUUCAAGUAUUUAUUUUGGCUCCUGGCCAGAAUGGCUUAUACGGGCACCCGAAUUCCUCAAAGUUAUACCAAAGAAAAAGUUUUAA